AUGCUCUUCACUACCCUCCUGAAAGCUUGCCUCUGCGCCUUCGCUCUUCCUGCAGUCUCUGCCGCUGUGGUUGGAGCGAGCCUCGAUCUUCGCGCUCAGGGAGAUCCUGCGGCGUCGCUCAUUCUGGAACCCAGUGUCCAUCCAGAUGUCGACCGGUCAGCCCUCGGACACCUGAAGGCCGCAAAGGAGAAUUCGAUGUACUACGCCACUCCGAAAGGGCCUGGAAUGAAUGCUGCCACCGUCAUUCAACUGUCCCACCUGUACCCAGCGGUUAACCUCGAGAAAUCCCACUUUGUCUCUUCCGUCUCUUGCGGAAUUGACAGUAAAACGAUUACAAUCACCUUCAACGACGCGACGGCCUACCAAACAGCACUGUCCGACUGGUCAUCACAUGCGGGUUCCAAUUUCCUCCUCAUUUCUUACGUCGAUGGAUGUGGAUCAGGCACGGACACACUAGAACGCUCGUUCCAUCUCGUAUCUCGUAUCGUUUCUUCGGAUUCAUCCAAGCGCGUGAUCGUCUGCGCGUCCGAGCCGCUCGAGUUUCACGAGACUCUGCAUCCUCAGCAGGAGAUCCGCGUCCACACGGCGACGUUCACGUCAAGCCCUCGUUCCCAUGGCGGACAUGCCGUGCAAGCACGGGAACAGGGCCAAGUCUCGAAGCGCGGCUUUUUCGGUAAUGUCCUGGGGGCACUCAGCGGCGGAGUUCUCGGUGGGGUCGCCGGUGGAUCAGCCGUGCUCGGCGCAGGUGCUACGGCAGCUGGAGAACAAUUUGUCAAGGCUAUCACACCAUUCAGCGUGAAACAGACGGCUACGGUGCAAACGAGUUCUUCAAAACUGGUUCCUUUCAACGCAACCUUUGACGAGGACGAUGACUCGUAUCGGUUGUACUACAAGAAGUUUGGCAAAAACAAGAAGAACGUGGACUCGUCGAUCGAGUUGUUCUGUGUGGGAUGUGGAGUCGACGUCAAGAUCUUGCUCACGGCGAAUUUGGUCGGAAAUCUCGAUGAGGGAUUCACCACCGCGACCGUCGCUCUGAACACCACAUUGACGGCAAAACUUGUUCUUGGGGUUAAGGCCAAUUACAAAUACGAAGAUACAAAGGCUCUCCUUGAGUCCAAGUAUCCGAUUCCAGACGCUGCGAUCAUCGUGCCUAAGAUUCUGGAGCUUGGUGCAUUCGUCGUCCUGGACAUCGGAGCAGACUACUCGCUCGACCUCAAUGGCAAACUUGCCGCCGGAUUCAUCUGCACUUGGAAGAACGUCGGCGCAACCCUGGACUUCGUCGACUACCAACAGUCACGGAGCUUCGGAGAUUGGAGCAUCAGCAACGCAUGUAAGCGGGUUCUGGACGCGGAGGUCACGAUUACUGCGAUUUUGGAGCCAUUCAUCCAGCUCUCGCUGCAAGUCCGGACGUCGAUUCUGCCGGGUGUGACCAAGAAACUGACGGGGGCGGUGGCUCUGGGCGAGCGUGUCGGGUUGAAGCUCAACGCGACUGUUUCGACGAACAAGAACGGGCAGUGUCCGUCGCUCGAUCCGAGACUUUCGGGAGCCCUUACCAGUGAGCUGUUCGUGUCGGCAACGGUGGGUAAGAAGGACUACAAGAAGGAUCUGCACACGUACGAGCAUGAACUGUUCGAUGUGUGUAUUCCACUUCAUGGUAAACGCGAAGAGAUCGCCUCGAUUGGGGAAGAGAUUCAGCUCCCCCGUGAUUCGUCCGAUGCCCCGACGACCAUCUUCUGGGAUACUAUCGGAGAGAGAAUUAUCUGGGAGGGCAACCGCGUCUACGUCACAGAUUAUACAUUUGAGGACGAGGCGGAGACACAACCUGCUUGGCUGACUCAACAGGGCGUCACUUACGCGGCAACAAACGGAGAUAUUAUUUGUGCAUCGAAGAAGAUGUUGAAGACGGAGGGUCUAGCGUUCCUAGAGACGCGUGCCACUCUUCCAAAAGACUAUGUUCAACUCGCGCUCGGCUUCCCGCCCACAGAGAACAGCUUCCUGCUCGCAGCGAGCCAGGACAACGAGCUGUUCAUCAUCACUGCAUGCUUCCUUAACAACGGCGAGGGACUUAUUUAUGUCAGCAAUUACACCACUGGCUUGCCCACGGGCGCCAUCAAGAAGUCGGUCGCGCAACAGCUCUUCGCCGGAGACGAGGACCCCUUCUGUGGCACGCCUUAUCUGACAAGACAGAUUUGAUUUUCUUCGAAGUUACAUAGUUAUUGUAUUGUGACGUAGGAAGAUAUCGCAUGCGCGUAGCGCAGACAACAACCGAAUGUUUUCCGUGCAACUUCG